GCUUAGCGUCGCGUUGUUUCUAUAGAAGGGGCGUCGACAUAUAUGAAGGGGAAGCUACCAAACCGUACUGUAUCAGUCAACUUAACAACAAAAAUGUGAAGAAAUAAUGAAUGAAUCGUCAGAAACAGGUCCAUCAAAAGCAGAAUUGGAGGAACUGACCUUACUCCUUGAAAAUCGAACGUUUGUGGAUUAUUUCAACACUUUCCUUUGUCUACCUGUUUUUGGCCAGCAUGUGCUCUACAAUUACAUGGAAAUGGAAUUUGAGUUUGAGCCCCCUAUCAGGAACCGGCGGCACCUAUACCUUGAUCGUAGAGAGGUUCUGAAAUGGCUGUGCACGGAGAGGCUGCGUUCGUUUAAGAGGUCUGCAUUGUACACGGAAUAUAACCUGUGUAUGUUACUGAGGAACACAAGCGUCGAGCUACCUGGAUUACAAUGUGAAAAGGGUCAAGAUACGACGGUGUUCACCAGAAAUAUAAUUGGCACCGUCAGAGGGAUGAUGAUCUUCCGGGAAUCUAUGAGGGGUACAGAGGGAGAGACCGUUUAUCGGUGCUGGAAAGAUAUAGAGACCUGGAGACUUACUGAAGAUCCAAUGAAAAAGAAGUACUACAUGCGUGAAAUUUACAUCCAUUACAUAAGUGGAAUUAGCGCGACAGAAGUGGCCAGUAAAUUAAAAGGAAAAGUGUUCCAUGGUAUACAGGACUUUGUUCCUAAAAGCGAUAUUCAUCAGCAAAUACUUGACUCUGUGGCAGACAACGCCUUCCAUUGCUUUGUCGAAUCAGACGAAGCAUUACUUAAGUUGCAGACGAUACAACUAUAUGCACUCCGGAAUUAUUGGUUACCAAGACAUCUUUUGCAUAUAUUACAAACAGUAAACAAAGAAACACUUGACAUACUAAUGAAGCCUGCAUCAGGAGAUGUUGAGUCCAUUGGUCAUGAACGCCGCAUGCGUUGCCGCUACAUGUUUCCGACGAUAUAUGAAGAUUCCAGCAUAAACUCACCGACGACAACCGUUUUAGAAGAUUUGAAAGCUCCGGCGAAGACGCCGUCAUUGUCGUCACUAAGCGACACUGAAUCCGAGGAUGAAGUUGAACCGACCGACCUUUUUGCACUAUGGGGAGGUCCAGCGAAAGAAAUUAAAGCUGAGUGCCCAUCGCCAGCAAGUUCUGCUUUCUUACCGGAAGUAGCGACUUCAGCUGAACUAAGCGACCUGAAGCUGCACGCUCCCAGUGCACAUGUCAGGAGCCCAAUUCCCAUUGCUCUAACUUCGUACCUGGCCGGAAAAGGACGAACUUUGCUCGGACAUUUUCCGAACACAACUAACAGGGUGAUCUGGUCUCUGGCCUCAGACACGCUAGCCAGCUGUCCUUUUCGAGAAUUCCUUGAACAAAACGGAAAGGUUUCAGAUCUGAAAUAUUUACGAUUCUGGACUGAUGUUCGGAAUUACCUAGAUACUGACGAACACGUCACGGAUAGACACGGGCAAUCUUUGCGGCUACGGCUUGCACACCGGAUAGCUGAUAUCUACCUAUCUAAAGAUGCUGAAGGAAGCGAUAUCUUCUCAGAGACGUUAAAAAUGUCCUUGUUCACCGCAAUCAGUACAAAUAACGAUAUUUCGUUGCUUUGCACAGCCCAAGAUUUAGUUCAAAUGAACUUAGAGGAACCUCUGAAAGUGUACGUGCAGGAUGAAAGGCGCCGCUUUUUAAAGCAAGUGCGGGGCAAAAGAUGCAACCUGAAUAAAAAGCAACUUCAAGCAAUUGACCAAGCUGCAAAAAACACAAGAUUGAAAUCUGCAAGUGAUGCGGCCGAUGUGGAUCCGGAGUAUUUUUUCAACUGUGUUACACUAGAAACAGCGUCGUCUGCGACUUCUCCUGUAUUUUCUCCGACAGUUUCGUACGGUUCUGCUAUAUCACGUCCGGAAACGUCGUAUAACAUGAGCAUAACCAGGGAACAAAUGUUGAAAGCAAUGGAAUUAACUGUACUUUGCAGUCAAUAUGGCGUUCCAAUGACGGUGCCCGAGAGCCUAACGAAUCUCUCACAGCUGGCUGAUGUUCUCUACAGCGAUUAUGGCAGUCAGCAUGUUACCAGAAUUCCGACCGUACGGAACGAAAGGCUGAGAAGCAUGCUGGAGGUAGAAAAAAUUGAUAUAGAGAAGUUAAAAGUGUCUAGAAAGGUUUUGUGGGAACCCAUUGAUAUUUCUAUCUUUAAAAAAGAUGACGAUAUACCGAGAGGGAGAGGCCGGAUGAUAAGACGUGCAGGUGUGAUUAUAGAGAGACCCAGAAGACCAAAGUCUUUAAUCGAGGUGUUGAGUAACCCGGUUCAGUUCGACUUUUUCAAGCGGUUCCUGAUGGCGCAUAAAAUGAGCCUCCCACUUAUGUUUUGGAGAGCCGUUGAAGAUCUCCAUGGAAUGAGUAAUGCCAUGGCACGGCAGAGCAGAGUGGUGCAGAUAUUGCGAAAAUUCUUCGGAAAAGGCGCAAAAUAUGGAGCUGCAUUGGGUUGCGAUGAUGAAAUAAUACGACAAAUCCCACAUUUGGAGAAAGUCACUCCCGGUAUUUUGAUGUGCGCCCAGGCAGCUGUUUUUAGGUCUUUAGAACGAAAAUGGUAUAUACUGUAUUGCAACACGUUCCCACCAGAUUCCGGAAGGUCAUCCGAAAAUAGCAUCACCUUUACCGUACAAACGGGGCUGGUAAAGAAUUUUGAAGUAGCCGCUGAUCUUGUUACCAAGACGAAGAAGGUCAAGAAGAGGACAACUGGCAGCAGAAGAACGCUGGCGUUAUGGAAGAACUUUUCAAAAGCACUGACAACAUUUGUUAAAGCUGUUUCUUCGAAGACCGAGUCACAGCUGUUCGAGAUGUUUCUGAAAUAUGAGGCUGAACGGGAGAAGCAAAGUCCCCAGAAGGAUCAGACGGGUCAGAUGCCACAUGCGGACAAGAGCAAGAGUACUAUGAUGCCCAACGCACAAGCCAGUGUUCAAACACGUGUUGUCGUCCGUAAUAAGCUGAUCAUUAUGAAUCGUCUGCCGGCAGAUUUGAGGUUUUGGUCGGAAAUUAGGAAAUAUCAAAGCCUUAUUGACACUGCCUCACUGAAGGGCAGCGUAUCCGACCAGGAGAACGAAUUCUUUAUGGACAAAGCAAAAUCUAUAAUCUCCUGCUUCCUAAAUUCGGAAAUAAUGCCAAAAGUACAGGUGAACAUUUCAAAUGACAUGGCGUCGAACAUCAUCAACAGUCUAGCUAGUGAUGGUCCGAAAAGAGGCUCGUUUCAUGAUGCUAUAAUUUCCAUCUUCCCGAUUCUCUACCACUUCCAUAAAAAGUUCUCCAAUGAGUGGUUGAAAGGAGAUAUACCGGACGAAUAUUUUGAUUCUAUAGAGGCUGCAUUGCAAGAUCACGUGUCGUCCAUGCCUCAUCAAGGAACGGACAUGCCCGAUUUUACAGACUUAAAACCGGAUGAGAUUAAAACAUCCACCCAGUGGACACACGACGAUAAUUGGAUGAGAAUACACUUCUCCAUAUCUGAAGGGGUAACGCUUAUCUACCCGCAAGUGAAGAAAACACCAACAAUAACAGCAACAGGCAGACGUAUGACAAAGCACAGUCUGCAUGCGCUAGAUGAGGAGACAUCGCAGGUAGAAGUGAGCAAAGGCGGUCACGGAGAUAAGGCAGAAAGCCCACAGGUUCAUAAAGGGGUAGAUAAGCAUCAACAGAAAAAAUCGGACGGCAAGAAACACUCUGUCGGUAGCAUGAAAAGAAAGAAAUCAAAGAAAAUUGUAGUCAAAGAAUCGGAGCAAAUUUCAUCAGAGCCACCUAAAGGGAGAAAAGUAUCCAUUGACAAAGCUCGCAGGUUAAGCUUCCUUAUGGAAUCUUUAAAUAAAGUAAAACAAGAGAAGAUAAGUGAACAGAACAAACUGUUUAGCAGAAUGAUGGCAUUUGAAGAUAUUAUUGCUGCUGCAGCAGCUAUGGCAGAAUUGCCGGAAUCCCAGUCCCCGCUCUCCUCGAAGGAAAGUUCAAAGGAUUAA